AUGGGGUGCAUGGUGUCUCAGUUAGCUUCAAAGUUUGCUUUUUUUCCACCUUCGCCACCGACUUAUCAGCUCAAAACCCGUGACGACGGCAAGCUCACGGUGGUUUCCACGGCGUCUCCGAUUCCUCAUCCUGAUGAUAACUCAUUGGAUGUUCUUCUUGUUGACACAAAACGUGGAAAUAAGAUAGUUGCUUUUUAUCUUAAGAACCCUUAUGCACGGUUAACUCUGCUUUACUCUCAUGGCAAUGCUGCUGAUUUGGGUCAACUUUAUGAUCUCUUUGUUCAACUCAAAGUUAAUCUUAGAGUUAAUCUCAUGGGAUAUGACUACUCUGGAUACGGAGCCUCGACCGGCAAGCCUAGUGAAUCCAGCACAUAUGCGGACAUAGAGGCGAUAUACGAAUGCCUUGAAACCAAAUAUGGUGUUAGUCAGGAAGACGUGAUCUUAUACGGGCAAUCAGUUGGAAGUGGACCAACAUUGCAUUUGGCAGCUAAAUUGCCUAGGCUGAGAGGCAUGGUUCUACACAGCGGCAUUCUUUCUGGUCUCCGAGUUCUCUGUCAUGUGAAAUUCUCUUUUUGCUUUGACAUUUAUAAGAAUAUCAACAAAAUAAAGAAGGUCAAAUGUCCUGUACUUGUAAUACAUGGUACAGAAGACGACGUGGUCAAUUGGUUACAUGGUAACCGACUAUGGAAAAUGGCAAGCGAGUCGUACGAACCAUUAUGGAUUAAAGGAGGCGGUCACUGCAACUUGGAGCUUUACCCUGAUUACAUACUCCACCUAUGCAAAUAUAUCCAAGAAAUGGAGAACAUGACAACCGAAAAGCGCCUAAAAAAGAUCCGACAAAAUCUGGACUCACAGUCAAAAUCAAACGCCUGUUCCGCAUGUGCAUGCAGCGGAAUUAAGUGUUGCUGUAGCUUCAAAUGCAAGCUACCUAAAUGCUCUGACUGCUGCAGCUGCAUAAAUUUCUCCUUGUCUAUCAACUGUCCAGAUUGUUGCUGUAAACCAAGCUGCUUCAAGUGUUGUCGCUUACCGAAGUUAACAAAUUGUUUCGGGUCAUCAUGCUGCACAAUAUGCUCAAGGCCUAGUUGCUGUUGUCCAAAAUGUUCAUUGCCUUGUUGUUAUCCUAAGUGUGGAAGACCAAGUUGUUGCAUGAGUUGUUUCUGUUGGCAAUGUUUUAUGGGAAAACACAAUGGAAGAAAUGGAAAACAAAGAGGCUAA